GAAACCGCCACGCCACACUUUCGAUGCUUCCCGGCUUCUUUUCCCUUUCCAGUUUUACUUUGCUGUACUGCGUUUCAGUUCACGCAAUCGUUUCUUAAAGAAGAGGGGAAACAAAGAAAAGCAGAGUUCCAUCGUUCUCUCUGUUAAGAUUGUCUCGAGCGUUCUCAGUUUCAGCUUCUCCACCCCGUCAGCGAUCCAUUAUGGCAGCUGCUUUUUCUUACCAUUCCGUGGGGCUUCAUGGUUUGGGCUCCGAUGCUUCUAGCUUUUCCACAGGAUUAGGGAAUCUCUCUGUGAGAUUCCUCUCAAGGCAUUUGGAAGGCAAAACUGCACUUUUCCGAAAGGAGUUCCAUACAUCUCUCCAGCAUAAGCUGCACCUUAAUCAUGGAUCAAUAUCCUAUUCUUCUACUGCGGAUUCUACAUCAGUUAACGAUGUUCUUAAUAUUUGUCAGGACUCAUCAACUGAGUCUGCUUUGAUAUUGAUUCGGCAUGGCGAAUCUCUGUGGAAUGAGAAGAACUUGUUUACCGGAUGCGUUGACGUGCCUUUGACCAAGAGAGGUAUAGAAGAAGCAAUUGAAGCUGGUAAGAGGAUUAGCUAUAUACCAGUAGAUGUAAUUUUUACAUCUGCUCUGAUUCGAGCGCAAAUGACUGCUAUGCUUGCGAUGACUCAGCACCGCCACAAGAAGGUGCCCAUUAUCAUCCAUAAUGAGAGUGAACAAGCAAAAACCUGGACGCAGGUUUUCAGUGAGAAAACCAAGAAGCAGUCUAUUCCAGUUAUAACAGCUUGGCAAUUGAACGAAAGAAUGUAUGGGGAGCUACAGGGUCUAAAUAAGCAGGAGACUGCAGAAAGAUACGGCAAGGAGAAAGUGCAUGGGUGGCGUCGUAGUUAUGAUAUCCCCCCUCCCAAUGGUGAGAGCCUAGAAAUGUGUUCCCUGAGAGCCGUUGCCUACUUUAAGGAUCAUAUUGAACCACAACUUAAAGCUGGAAAGCAUGUGAUGGUUGCUGCACAUGGGAAUUCUCUAAGAUCCAUUAUAAUGUAUCUUGACCGAUUAACAUCACAGGAGGUCAUUAACUUGGAAUUGUCGACUGGGUUACCAUUGCUUUACAUAUAUAAAGAGGGAAAAUUUAUCUGUAGAGGAAGUCCUGUGGGGCCUACAGAGGCAGGUGUUUAUGCAUAUACUAAGACCUUAGCUGAUUACAGACAACACUUGGAUGAGAUGGCACAUUGAAGUUAUUGAUCCCUCUCACUUUUUCGGGUUAAAGGUGCGACAAUACUCCUAGAAAAUUCAUUUUUUGUUGCCAUAAUAGUUUGUUAUUCAACAGAGCCGAUACACAAUAUAGACUUCGAUAGAUAAGCAGAGUUGUGACCAUCUUUCUCACACAUAUUUGCAG